AUGUCUUUAAACCCUGCAGCUGCUGAAUGGAAGCCUAAUAUGAACGCAAGGGUUUUCGUUCCUUCUUUUGCUCAGCCUGCUUCUGCACCUGCUCCUGCUGCAUCAGCUCCUGCUGCUCCAAAGGUAGUUAAGCUUCCUGAAUCUAAACCUGCUGCUCCUGCUCCUGUAGCUCAAGCUCCUCAACCUAAAGUCGAAGCACCUAAGCCUAAAGCAGCUACUCCAGUCUCUGCUCCUACUAAGCCUAAGGCUGCUCCUGCUCCCGCUCCUGCUGCUCCCAAGAAGGUUGAACCUGUUGUUCAAGAAGAAGAAGAAGACGAUGUUGAUGAAGAAGUUGCUGCUGAUUUAUUCGGCAAAGAGCAUCUUAAUGUUGUCUUUAUGGGUCACGUCGAUGCCGGUAAAUCAACUAUGGGUGGUAAUAUCCUUUACUUGACUGGUAUGGUUGAUAAGCGUACUUUAGAAAAGUAUGAAAAGGAAGCCAAGGAAGCUGGUAGAGAAUCAUGGUAUCUUUCUUGGGCUUUGGAUACUAACACAGAAGAAAGAGCUAAGGGUAAAACCGUUGAAACUGGUAGAGCUUACUUUGAAACUGAUAAGCGUCGUUAUACUAUUUUGGAUGCUCCUGGCCACAAGAACUUUGUUCCUAGUAUGAUUCAAGGUGCUUCUCAAGCUGAUAUUGGUGUUCUUGUCAUUUCUGCCCGUAAGGGUGAAUUUGAAACUGGUUUUGAACGUGGUGGUCAAACUCGUGAACACACCAUGUUGGCCAAAACUUCUGGUAUUAACAAGAUGGUUGUUGCUGUUAAUAAGAUGGAUGAUCCUACUGUUAAUUGGGAUAAGUCAAGAUAUGAUGAAAUCCUUACUAAAUUGACUCCUUUCUUAAAGCAAACCGGUUUCAACCCUAAGACUGAUAUUCACUUUAUGCCUUUGUCUGGUUUUACAGGUGCUAAUAUUAAGGAAUGUGAUCGUAAGGCUUGUCCUUGGUAUGAUGGUCCUUCUCUUCUUCAAUAUUUGGAUGAUUUCAAGACUGCAAGCAGAAAGUUGAAUGCUCCCCUUAUGAUUCCUAUUACUGAAAAAUAUAAGGAUAUGGGUACUAUUGUUGUCGGUAAGAUUGAAGCUGGCCAUAUUAAGAAGGGACAACAAGUGAUGGUUAUGCCUAACAAGCAAAUGACUGAAGUUACAGCCAUUUAUAAUGAAACUGAAGAAGAAAUUGAACAUGCUGUUUGCGGUGAUAAUAUUAGAAUGCGUUUGAAGGGCGUUGAAGAAGACGAAAUUAUGCCUGGUUUCGUUCUUUGUAGUAAGAAGGCACCCGUUAGAACAACCACUGUCUUUGAUGCUCAGCUUGCCAUUCUUGAUCACAAGAAUAUUAUUUGUGCUGGUUACACUGCCGUUUUGCACAUUCACGCUGCUGCUGAAGAAAUUACUCUCUCUGCUCUUCUACACUUGAUUGAUAAGAAGACUGGUAAGAAGACCAAGAGACCUCCUCAAUUCGUCAAGCAAGGUCAAAAGGUUAUCGCCCGAAUUGAAACAGCCGGCCCCAUUUGUAUUGAAACAUUCGAUAAGCUUCCUCAAUUGGGUCGUUUCACUUUACGUGAUGAAGGAAAGACAGUUGCCAUUGGUAAAGUUACCAAGAUCUUAGAUAAUUCUGAGUAA